AUGGACCUGCCAUCUAUGCCUAAAGAAAAUUUAGUUGAUUUGCAACAUAUCGCUGACGGAGCGACUAAACACAUCAAAGCAUUGGAAGCCCUCGGGCGUCCUACUUUACAUUGGGACGACUUAAUCGUGCAUGUUUUAAGCUCCAAAUUAGAUACACUCACAAUGCGAGAGUGGCAAUCGUCACUGACCGGUACAAACCCUCCUACGUUCGAGAAAUUUAACGAUUUCAUAAUUCGUCGAUGUCAAAUGCUUGAGGCCACGGGAAAAACAAUUUCUUUGUGCAACAAAAACGUUAAUAAGCAGUCCAGUUUAAAGCGUCAAGCCUCAUGUGUCGCGACGGUCAAGCCUAAAUGUAAUUUUUGUAAUGGCGAUCACGCCAUAUAUUAUUGCAAAGAUUUUUUAGCAUUAUCAGUACCGCAGAGGAUAACGGAGAUUCGCAAUCGAAAAAUUUGCGGCAAUUGCAUGCGUUCUUCGUCUCAUGCGUCCGCCAAAUGCACAUCAAAGGGUUGCAGGAUAUGUGACGCCAAACACAACACGUUACUACAUUUGGCAAACAAUGCAAGCGGAAUACAGGAAGUCGAAUCAACUAAGGCCAAAAAGACAAAUUCCGUAAGCUCAUCGACGACGCUGGUGACGCACGCCUACAGCAACAACAUUAAAAAUCACAUCAUGCUCUCAACCGCAGUAAUUAACGCUUCCCACGCCAAUGGAUCAACAAGAACUUGCCAUCGAAUCACAGGUGACCUUCCGGCUUUCACUAUUAAGCGAGAAGCAUAUAACCUUCCUCGCAACAUCAAAUUAGCAGAUCCGGAGUUCGACAUUUCGUCUAGCAUUGAUAUAUUGAUUGGAGCCGAGGUAUUUUUGAAAUUAUUAUGCGUGGGACAAAUCAGGGCCUCCUCCGAACACCCGACAUUGCAAAAGACGCAAUUCGGUUGGAUACUGGCUGGUCGUUUAAAUAAUCUACCAAUGACCACGCAUAACGUACAAUCUUUUCACGCAACUUUCACUAACAAUCAACUGCAUGACCAAUUAUCAAAGUUUUGGGAUGUAGAGGACCCUCGUAUUGUUGCCGAGCACAUCAAGGCAGAAGCAUUGUGUGAGGAUCAUUUUUUGGCUAACACUUCUCAAGACUCUUAUGGUAGAUACACAGUCAAAGUUCCAGUUAACGAGUCAUUGAUCAAUCAGCUUGGAGACUCAAAGAGCAUAGCCUUGAAACGCUUGCAAAACUUGGAAAAACGCUUUUGUCGAGAGCCCGCACUAAAAGAACAAUAUGCACGGUUCAUUUCCGAGUAUUUAUCUCUAGGCCAUAUGAAGCAAGUAAACGAAUUGCCGAACGAACACGAGCAGUCUUAUUAUUUGCCACACCAUUGCGUGUUCAAAGGCUCAGAACCAUCGUCGAAGAUUCGCGUCGUUUUUUACGCUUCAUGCAAGAGCGCAUCAGGCGUGUCAUUAAACAAUGCCUUAAGCGUCGGCCCGGUUGUGCAACAAGAUUUAACGUCAAUCUUACUGCGAUUCCUCACCUACGAAACGUCCUCGGCAUCCUUCUUGGCCACAAGAUGUUUAAAGGAUUUGGCUGAGCGGCACACAUUAAAAUUCCCAGUUGGGUCGACACACUUUCUACACGAUUUCUACGUCGACGACAUACUCACUAGAGCAGACAGCAUCCAGAAGACCAAAUCGAUUUGGGAUGAAAUAAUACAAUUAUUGAAGCUGGGAUCGUUCGAGCUCAGCAAGUGGGCUUCAACUCACCCACAGUUAUUAGAUUCGCUUGAUAACCAAAGCGAUAAGCCGAUCCCUAUCGAGGAUAAAACUAUCUCUCAUAUUCUAGGGAUACAAUGGAAUCAAGACGCUGACACAUUUCAUUUUUCAUACACGCCCUAUGCAGAACACAAGGCCAAACUGGACGUACAGUGGGAUGAAUCUCCGCCGUUGCACAUACAUACUCGUUGGUCAACGAUCAAGUCGCAGCUGGUGGAAUUAAAUCAAUUAACAAUACCACGUCGAGUCAAGUUCGACGCCAAUUCACAGGCCAUCCAGAUACAUGGAUUCUGCGAUGCGAGCCAACACGCCUACGGAGCCUGCGUAUACAUUAGAACGGGAAAGAAUCUCAGCAAUUAUCGCCAUAUCGCUACCGCGUCUAGAACUUUUGGCGGCCCUGCUAUUGGCACGUCUCAUCGAGAAGAUCCAAGCGGCGAUAGAUAUGUUGGACAUCUAAAUAUACCUCUGGUCGGAUUCAACCAUCACUUCGAAUUGGAUAGCAUCGCCAUCUCGCAAAUGGGCUGUUUUGUUGCCAAUCAAGUGGGAGAAAUCCAGCGAUUAACCGGGUCAAAAUGCUGGCGUCAUGUACCGUCAGCUCAGAAUCCAGCCGACAUGCUGUCACGAGGAUUCAAUCCUCGUGAUUUAAUCAACGCUAGUACUUGGUGGCAUGGACCAAACUUCCUUCAGCUUGAUCAAGAACACUGGCCAAGCAAUGAUUUUUCUCAGCUGGGCAAGGACGCUCCUGAAAUGCGAAAGGUGUUCACUACCACCACUAUUGUCGAUUGUGACAUAGUCGACAAAUUGUUAAGCAAGUAUUCCAACCUGAACAAGGCCUGUCGUAUUUUAGCUUACUGCUUGAGAUUUGUAAAGACAACCCAAGAAUGCAAGGCGUUAACCAACGGCAAAACUAUCAAUCCAUCUAGCAAGAUUUUAUCUUUGUCUCCGUUUAUGGACAAACAAGGAUUAGUUUAUGUAGGGGGCAGAUUGAAGAAUUCAAAUUUGUCUUUCGCGGCAUGUCAUCCUAUACUUUUACCUCGUGAUCAACAAUUAACAAAACGAAUAAUAAUGCGAGAGCAUAUACGCAACAUGCAUGCAGGAACCCAAGCUAAUAUGGCUGCCGUCAGACAGCAGUUCUGGCCUCUAUCUUUGAGAUCCGCUGCACGUAAAAUCAUUUUAGGUUGUGUAAAAUGUUUUAAGGUCAAGCCUACGUUUUCUGAAGCUUUAAUGACUUCCUUGCCCGCGGGUCGCGUAACAGUUUUGAAGCCAUUCUCGCAUUGUGGAGUUGAUUACGCGAGCCCUAUAAUAUUAAAGGAGAAUAAACGUCGAAAUGCGCGAAACUAUAAGGCAUACAUAUCCCUUUUUGUUUGUUUUGCGACUAAGGCGAUACACUUAGAAGUAGUAAAUGAUCUAACCACUGAAACAUUUAUAGCCGCUUUCAAGCGGUUCAUAUUGCGUAGGGGGAAACCAUCUCACAUGUAUUCCGAUAACGGAACUACCUUCGUCGGCGCUCAAAAUCAGCUUAAGGAAUUCUUUGAAUUUCUAAAUAAAGACCGAACGCAGGACGAUGUAAAACAAUUCCUUCGCGAUCAACAAAUUAGCUGGAACUUCAUUCCUCCUCACUCGCCACACUGCGGGGGUUUAUGGGAAGCAGCGGUGAAAUCUGCGAAAUACCAUAUGACGCGCGUUAUUGGUAACGCUCAUUUAACGUUUGAGGAGAUGCAAACAAUUCUCUGCGAAAUAGAAGCAAUUUUGAACUCACGUCCUAUCACCGCGUUAAGCACAGAUCCAAAUGAUCUUUCUUAUAUAAGUCACUUCCUGAUUGGCGCCGCUAUGAAUAGUUCCCCUUGUCCCGACCUAGGUGAUGUAAACGAGAAUCGCUUGGUACGAUGGGAGCGAGUGGAGCAGCUCAGACAACACUUUUGGCGCAGGUGGAGCUGUGAAUAUUUAAAUUCACUACAAUCCCGCUCGAAGUGGAAGUCUGAUAAGGGUCCUCAAUUGCAACCAGAUCAAAUAGUGCUUUUAAAACAGCCAAACUUCGCUCCGUUGCAUUGGCUGCUAGGGCGCGUGACAGAAAUUCACGUCGGAGCAGACGGGAUUCCGCGCACUGCGACUGUUAGAACCACCAAAGGUUCUUUUACGCGAUCUUUGUCUAGCUCGCAAUAG